UCCAACUGAAUCCACACUAAUAUGUCUGUUCCCACAAGAAUGCAUUAAAGAAUAUGGCUUUUUCUGGGGAACAUAAUAUAUACAAACCAGUACAGCUAUUAUUGGGCAUUUUGAUUGUUUCUCAUCUUGGAUAGUAUAAAUACCAUGCAAAUAAACAUUGUUGGACAUAAAUCUAUUUUCUGAAUUUUAUGUUACUUUCUGAAAAUGAUUUCCAGGGCAGAAUCAUUUGGUCAAAUAAUCAAACAUUGUAAGACUCUUAUAUAUACUGCCAAAGUAGUAUCCAAGUGUGUUGAACUAGUUAAAAACUUUACCAGCAGUAACUCAGAGUGCCAUGGAAAUAUCAAUUAAAAAUCUAGAUAUUCAGAGGAAAUACCAUAUUCAGAAAUGUUUGGCAAGAAUAAUCAGUCUGGGCGGAACAACUUUGGGCCCAAACACCAUGAGAGGGCCGGAGCCAGGUCCAGAACCGACGAUGGAGGGAGAAGUGCUGGACACACUAGAGACGCUGGGGUAUCAGGGACCACUGUUAGAAGAGCAAACCCUUGGCAAAGCAGCAGAGGGUGGACUAUCUUCACCUGAAUUUUCAGAGCUCUGUGUUUGGUUAAGCUUUCAAAUAAAAUCGUUGUGCGACUUGGAAGAAAGUAUCCCUUUAGCUGGGAAAGAUCAUCUAGAAAGUUUCCAGCUUGAGAUAAGUGGUUUUUUCAAAGAAAUGGCAUGUCCAUUUUCUGUACUAAUUUCAGGAGAUAUUAAAGACUGUUUGAAAAAGAAGGAAUACUGUUUGAAACUUCUAUUAUUUUUAAGUACAGAGCUUCAAGCUUUACAGAUCUUACAGAACAAGAAAUGUAAAAAUUCUCAGUUAGAUAAAAAUAGCGAAAUUUAUCAGGAAGUUCAAGCUAUCAGUGAUACCCUUGGUGUACCCACGUCAACAACUUCUGACAUUCCACUUAUGCUAAACCAAGUGGAAUCAAAGGUUAAGGAUAUCCUCUCAAAAGUCCAGAAAAAUCAUGUGGGAAAACCACUGCUGAAAAUUAACUUAAAUCCGGAACAGGCGGAACAACUGGAAAGAAUCAGCGAUGCUCUUUACUGUGAAUACGAAUGUCGUCGGCGGAUGGUAAUGAAACGAUUAGAUGUGACAGUGCAGUCCUUUGGAUGGUCCGAUAGAGCAAACAUAAAAGCAGAUGACAUAGCAAGAAUUUACCAGCCUAAGCAUUAUGCUUUGUCACCCAAGACAACUAUUACAUUAGCACAUCUACUUGCUGCUCAUGAAGAUCUAUCCAAGAUCAUUAGAACAAGUAGCGGCGCUACCUGGGAGAAGACAGCUUAUGCCAGUAGCAGGUUGCUGAUGGGAAGGGUGCCUGACAGGGGAGGAAGGCCAAAUGAAAUUGAACCACCACCCCCUAAAAUGCCCCCUUGGCAGAAGAGACAAGAAAGCUGUGGAAGGGGUGGUUGGGGUGGUGGUGGUGGUAGAGGAGGUGGUGGGGGUAGUUGGGGUGGCUAGGGAAGUGGAGGGGGUUGGGGAGGUGGGGGAGGUGGAGGGGGUUGGAGAGGAGGAAGUGGUGGAGGCGGUGGUAGAGGAGGGGGUUUCCAAGGCGGGGGAGAUUAUGGAGGAAGAGGAGGCUAUGGGGUAAGAGGUUAUGGAGAUCCAUAUGGAGGAGGUGGUGGUGGUGGUGGAGGAUAUAGAAGAUAUUAA